CAGGAAGGGCUCAGUGAUGCAGCUGUCAACACAGCCAGACGUCCCGGGAUCUCCACGGUCGCCGUUUGUGUCUCGUGUCUAAAGCGUUCCUGUAAAUUCAAGGAUCACCGUUCCUUGGUUACCAUGGAGUGCAACCCCUCCACUGCCCCGUUCAAACCUCCACUCCCCAAUCCCAGAUGGAAAUUUUGGCAGCGGCGACGCUAUGUGGUUGCAUUUUUAGCUUUUUUUGGAUUCUUCAACAUCUACGCCCUAAGAGUGAAUUUGAGCGUCGCUAUUGUGGCCAUGACGUCAGAGCAUACUUCGAAAGUGGAGUUACAGAAUCGAACCACUACGGUAUCAACGAUACGAGAGUUCGACUGGGAUUCGAAGCUGCAAGGACUUAUUCUGAGUUCAUUUUUCUACGGCUACAUCUGCACUCAGCUGUUUGGCGGGUGGUUAGCCGCGCGAAUUGGAGGCGUACGUGUUUUCGGGGUUGGAGUGGCUGUCACUGCCCUUCUCACCCUCAUCACACCACCUUUUUCUAGGCUCAGUGUCAAUUUUCUCAUCGCCCUUAGGAUUAUCGAAGGAUUUUUUGAGGGAGUGACAUACCCGAGUAUACACGCAGUCUGGUCGCAAUGGGCGCCACCGCUGGAGAGAACCCAACUGGCAUCCAUCGCAUUUUCCGGGAGCUACGUUGGAACGGUCAUUGCCUAUCCUGCUUGCGGUCUUCUAGCCGAUCAAUUCGGAUGGGCCGCCAAUUUCUACGUCCCAGGUAUAGUUGGCUUGCUCUGGGUUCUAAUUUGGUUCGCAAUUGUCAAAGAUCGACCAAAAGACGAUCCUUACAUAUCAAAGGAGGAGCUGAGGUAUAUUCAAGACACUCUGGGUAACAUCUCAGAUGAAAAGAUAUCAGUACCGUGGAAAGCCAUAUUUACCUCUAUGCCCGUCUGGGCGAUUGUCUGCGCUCAUUUCUGUGAGAACUGGGGCUUUUACACCUUGUUGACACAGCUGCCAAAAUUCAUGCAAGAUACUUUGAACUUCAAAUUGUCCGGAUCCGGGUUCAUAUCUGCCCUGCCGUAUUUGGUCAUGUCCAUCGUGAUUCAAGUAUCCGGCUACCUUGCCGACUGGUUACGAUCCACUCAUCUGACGACCACUCAAACUCGAAAACUAUACACUUGCACAGGUUUUAUCAGCCAAACCAUUUUCAUGUUUGCUGCAUCGCAUCUGACUCAUCCUGCUGCCGUCAUAUUAUGUCUUGUCAUGGCUUGCGGACUGGGCGCUCUUGCUUUGACUUCUUACAGUGUAAAUCAUUUAGAUAUCGCCCCGAAAUACGCUAGUUUAUUGAUGGGACUUUCGAACACUAUCGCCACACUUCCAGGAAUGAUAAGUCCAAUAGUAGCAGGAAAUUUAGUGCAAAACAAGAAACCAUCCGAGUGGCAGAACGUGUUUCUGGUCGCUAGUUUUAUAUACCUGUUGGGAGCUAUUGUAUACGGGAUCUUCGCCGACGGAGAGGUUCAGCCCUGGGCGAUGGAAAAGUCAAAAGUCUCUCGGAAAGAACAAGCUGCUUUAUUUGAAGCUGAAGAGUCCACACGGCUGAACCCUCCUGCUACGACUUCAGAGAAAGAACCAGAAUGAAAUCAGCGCAGAAAAGAAUGACUGGGGGAUAAUUUUGUAGAAAUAGUUGGACAUAUUUAUGGUAAAUGGAACUAUGUGCAAGAGGAAAGAUGGGGUGUGCUCGUUGGUUAAGGGCCAUAAGAAUGAAUGGGAAUUCAAAAGCGCCAGUGACGUCAGCGGCAACGAUCGAGCCCGGGCGCGACGGGAAGAUCGGUAUCGGAACUGAAUCACGGACAGUAGGUCUACGAAAAAAAGGUCUACUCGAAAAAUGUCUACAUUUUUUGGUCUACAGUCAAAAUGUCUACAAUUGAGCAGUCUUCUUUUAGAAUGCCUAAGAAAGUAAAUGUCUACAUAUUAUAACGCGUCUAUCAAAUAAAAAUGAAUACACGGUGAUUCUUCUCCAUAGAUACAACUGAAGAAGUAACUGAUGUGAGUUCACUCUACAUACUCCAUUCAGAAGUGAACUAUCUGAGUAUGGACUUUUUUUUAGAAGACAUUAUUAUUUGUAGACGUUUUCGUAGUGAAUUUUUUAGUUCUAGAUAUUUUAAAUGUAGACUUUCUGCUUGUGGACUUAUUUUUGCUGUAGAUCCUUUGUUUGCAUACCUCGGAACUCUUAAACUCACGAGCCAUGUCCACGACACUCUUGUCACAUGCCCACGGCUCACGAGUUAGCGCUCAGUUCCUUUUGAUUUAAUUGAAAAUCCCGCUUUUCCAUUUUCUCAAAAGGAACUAUAUCAACUUUUACGUUGUUUGUUAUGCAGUUUGCACGAGCACACCCCAUCUUUCCACUUGUACAUAGUUCCUUUUAACAUAAAUACGUCCAGCUAGGCUCUUGCACACAACUUUAUUACUUGUUUCAUAUGACUCCAUGUCGUAUGCUUGAUGACAUUUAAAAUGACGCAUGGAUGACACAAAUUAGAGUCAGUCGCACAUCAGACGCUGGCCUAACAAACCACUACAUUGUUCAAAUUAGUAGUAAAUUCAACCCCAAUUGGACCGCGUGUAGCAGGAAGGAGCCAAGCCACAUCAGCUAUUGCCAAUUCUGACUGGGCAAUUUAUUUUUUUACAACAGAACGUAAGGGCGGAUUCCUUUGAAAAUUUCAAGGAAUUUGCUUCACACUAUGCAGCAUAAUAACCGAAAUAUGCGCGAAAAUCCGGACAAUCGUAUUCAUGUAUAAAAAAUUAAAUUGAUUGCCCAAGUAAAUUUUGCAAUAGCUGAUGUGGCUUGAUUCCUUUCUGACUAACGCGCAGGGCCCGAUUACAGUACAGGCUGGUCAGGCUGGAGCCUGGAGCGCGAGCUUUUUGGGGGCGCCAAAUUUUGAAUUUUAUCGAGACUAUGAAGAGAGAGAGAGAGAGAAUCCUCGUCAUCAGGAGCAGAAAAAAUGUGUGGAAUAGGUAAGUCUAUGUGCCUUGCGCCCCUUCUCUGAGCCCGGAGGCAAAAAGAAAAGGAACAUGGAAGGGGGGGGGUUGCAAAGAAAAGAGGUCCAAUAACUAAUUUCUGAAGCGUAAACACUUUUCUGGGAAAUUGUCACCUUUUUGUUGACAUACAGGCGCUUUAUCAUACCCCUCCUUCAUUCGCUAUGUGUGACUCUCUCAGAAGUGAUGAUCGGUUUGAAUUUUAGACGUACGCACCCCUUAUGGAUCUCUCGAGAGACCUUUAAACAUAUUUCUUCCUUUUAAGAAUAACUAUGACUUGGACAUACCAUGGCAUGUCUCGGACAAACUUAACCUUAAUUUAUCUCGAAAUUAAAAAAUAAGAAACAUCUAAAGUGUAAACGCGAUACAACUAUUCGCACAUGAUGGAUGUCCACACUGCGUAUGAAAAAUGUAAGACGCGAUGGCGUGAGUCCUGAAUUCGCAAUGCUCUGCUCCAUGCUACUAGUUUGAAGCACCAUUGCGAAUCGACAAACGCAAGCGAACACAAUGGAAAUAGAGCGAGGGAAAGGAUGCGCGUUUACGACGGCGCAGAGAUACAACUAUUCGUACUUGAUGGACGUCCA